UCAGGCAUGUUAGUCCGAAAGUGGCUUACAGAGUUAUUCUUGCUCGUAUGGACACUAUCAAAGACAUGUGGAAGGGCUAAGAUUACAUUACAGCAUGACGGGUGACUAACUCCGGAUUGCUAAGCUCCGUGGUGUAAGAGCUUGCAGAGGAGUAGAGGAGUGGGAGAGAAUAUGAGUAUAAGACGAGUGCAUGCCUCAGGGAGAUUUGAACUCCAGAUCUCAAUUAGCAUAAUAAGCUUAAAGAGAACCCUUCCCACUUAAUAUCUUCCUCUUAUCUCCCUCUAAUACAGUUACUCCGAUAAGAAGAUAAACAUCAAUAUGUCAGACCUCAUCAGAGAUGCUCCCCUGGGGCAACUCAUCCGCUUCGUCACUCGCAACAAGUAUCUCCAGUACCCAGAAGAAAAGCCCGACUUCAAGCUUCCAGAGUCCUGGGUUGCAGUGAUUAACAACCCCGAUGCUAUCAUCGAAGAGUCUUCUCCCAACGACAACACAGUCCUCACUGGUACAGCUCUCGCAUCGUCAGCUUCGUCUACUGUUGCAGCAGAGGAAGACCCCAAGCUCAAGGCUGAGAAUGAGAAGAAUGAGAAGAGCGAGAAGAAUAAUGAGAACGACGACAUAGAGCGUGCUGAUCCUCAGCCCGUGAGACUCCAUCGAUCACGAUCUCCCCAAGAAACACAAGCCUACACUGUCGACAGACUCGAGGCCGAUGAAGAGCACGAUGUCGAGAAGGUCAAGUCUAUCCCUGUUGUCCCCAAGCGUACAAAAGAUGGUUCUAUCCUCGUCGAUUGGUACUUCAGCGACGAUAACGAGAAUCCUCAUAACUGGACCAACAACCGCCGCCUAGGUGUCUCUCUCAUCAUCUGUUUAUACACCUUCGUCGUGUAUACAUCCUCUGCGAUCUACACUUCCUCAACUGAAGGUGUCAUGCGCGCUUUUGGAGUUAGUCAGCUUAAAGCUACACUUGGCCUUUCACUAUAUGUCUUGGGGUAUGGUAUUGGUCCUCUGAUUUUCUCACCCCUGAGUGAGAUCCCUCGCAUUGGACGAAACCCCGUUUACAUCGUCACGAUGUUUCUCUUUGUUAUCAUCUCUAUUCCUACGGCACUAGUGAACAACUAUCCCGGUCUCAUGGUUCUUCGAUUCCUUCAAGGCUUCUUCGGCUCGCCUUGUUUGGCUUCUGGUGGUGCUUCGCUAGGAGAUAUUUACAGCCUCAUGGCUCUCCCCUAUGCCAUGAUGGCCUGGGUCUCGGCUGCUUACUGUGGUCCUGCUCUUGGUCCUCUGAUCAGCGGUUUCGCCGUUCCCGCAAAGAACUGGCGCUGGUCUCUUUACGAAAGUAUCUGGGCCUCAGCCCCUAUCUUCAUCCUCAUGUUCCUUCUCCUUCCUGAGACCAGUGGUGCCAACAUUCUCCUCCGUCGAGCAGAGCGUCUUCGAAAGCUCACUGGUAACCAACGUUUCAUGUCACAGAGUGAGAUUGACCAGCGUCAUAUGAAGGUCUCUGCUAUUGCUGUCGAUGCCCUCAUCAAGCCCAUGGAGAUCACCAUCAAGGAUCCUGCCGUGCUGUUCGUGCAGGUCUACACUGCCAUUAUUUAUGGUAUCUACUAUUCAUUCUUCGAGGUCUUCCCCCGUGUCUACCCAGUCUACUACAACAUGAACCUUGGCCAAAUCGGUCUCGUCUUCCUCUGCGUUCUCGUCUCUUGUAUGAUUGGAGUAGGCCUCUACGUCUCCUACCUCUACUUCUACAUGGACCCCCGCAUCGCUAAGCGUGGUUGGCCCAUCCAAGAAAGCCGCCUCGUUCCAGCUCUUCCGGCCGCCCUUGGUCCUACCAUUGGCUUGUUCCUCUUUGCCUGGACAGCUCGAGCCUCUAUCCACUGGAUCGUACCCACCAUUGGCAUCACCAUCUACGGAGCUACAGUUUUCAUUGUCAUGCAGUGUAUCUUUGUGUACAUUCCUCUCAGCUACCCAAUGUACGCUGCCAGUCUCUUCGCAGCGAAUGACUUCUUCCGCAGUGCUCUUGCUUGUGGCAGUGUUCUCUUUGCCCAGCCCUUAUUUGACAAUCUCGGCGUUGCUAAGGGUACCAGUCUUCUUGGUGGCUUGAGUGUUAUUGGUAUCAUUGGUAUCUGGCUGCUGUACUUUUACGGUGGCAAGCUGCGAUCUCUCAGCAAGUUUGCUAUUUCAGACCAUGUUGAGUAGAUGAAGCACGAUACAUCUAAGGGCGGACAGCCCAAUUUGGAUACCACACUGGAAAUUAAUGUGACGGAAAUACCAUGGAAUUCGGCGGAACUCGAGGGGAAUACACACAAGUUAACGUUAAUGAUGGGCUGAAUAGCACCUAAUAAUGAUUUAAGCGAUGUGAUGCUUCAAAAAUACUAUCGCAUCCGUCAAAUGCA